UCUUGCAAUACUUGAUUAUGUUGUUAAUGGUGGUGCUUUACUGUCCAUGUACUGUAUGUGCAUGUUAGUGUUGUGACUCUCUUAGGUCUGUGUGUUUUCUUUAGGGUCACAGAUGGACAACGCGACAUUCAGAUACAGCCUACUCUUAGUGGAGGGACUGAAGAUUCCACCUCAGUCAAACCAUCUUGCAUUUAUCUUUCUUUUGAUCGCUUACAUAUUUAUAAUGAUAUUUAACAUUGGGAUUUUGAUUCAGAUCUCGACAGAAAAAAGUUUACAUGAGCCCAUGUACAUUCUGUUCUGCCAGUUGCCAUUGAAUGAUGUGAUGGGGGCAACUCUUGUUAUACCACGCUUGUUGAAGGAUAUUUUAACGGCUCCCUCCGAGCGCUACAUAACAUACAUGGAGUGUGUUACCCAAGCUUUUUUUCAACAUCUGUAUGGAACAAACGCCCACACUAUACUCAUUGUCAUGGCUUUUGACAGAUACGUGGCCAUAUGUAAUCCAUUACGAUACACAUCAAUAAUGACCAACAGAAUGGUUGUAAAAUUAUCUGCAGGAGCCUGGGGUGUUUCUUUUGUGAUGGUGGGGAUUUUAAUCGGCCUGACUGCACGUCUGUCUCACUGCAGAUCAGUGAUUCAAAACCACAUGUGUGACAAUCCCUCACUGUUUAAACUGUCCUGUGAAAAUGUGACGAUUAAUAAUAUUUAUGGAUUAACAUUUACUGUGGUUUUACUUUCCUCUUCAAUGGGGAGUGUGUUCAUUACAUAUGUCAGGAUUGCAAUGAUAUGCAUCACAAGUAAAAACAAAGCGACAAACAGAAAAGCCAUAAAAACCUGCAGCACUCACUUGACUGUUUAUAUGAUAAUGCUAAUAUCUGGAUUUGUGCCAGUUAUCCUCCAUCGCUUUCCAGAAAACCCUGAAGGUAGAAAACUAUCAGCUUUACUUUUCUAUAUAAUACCUUGCAUCUUAAAUCCUUUAAUUUAUGGUAUACAAUCCAAGGAAAUAAGAGAAAAGAUUUUUAAAUGUUCUACUAAAAUUAAUUCUGUGUGAUUUAUAUUUAUUUACAUAUUAAUUUAUUCUGUAACAAUUAUGUCUUUUAAAUAUGAAAUAUACAUGU